AUGGGUGACAAAGGGGCGUGCAAAAGAGCACUAUUGAUUAUAGAUGUUCAGAAUGAUUUUGCGAAUGCAGAUGGGUCCUUGUCAGUAGCGGAUGGCAUGUCAGUGGUGGAUCCAAUAAUCAAACUGAUGCAGCAGGAUCAUUGGACAUGUGUUGCAAUGACCAGGGAUUGGCAUCCUGCUGGACAUGUGUCUUUUGCGAGGAGUCAUGGGGUUGAGGAGUUUAGUAGCGUGACAUACGAGUCGCCGGCGAAAGAAGGAGAGACCCAGCAGGGUACUUUAUGGCCUGUGCAUUGCGUGCAAAAGAGCUGGGGUGCACAGGUAGUGGAGCCGCUUGAGCAGGCUUUUAAAGACUUGGCGGUGCCACAUAGGCUAGUUGAUAAGGGGGCGCUUGCUGACCGUGAGUACUACUCAGGCUUUAAUGAUAUAUGGGACAUCCAUCACACCGAACUAGACGAUUUUCUCAGGCUUCACGAGAUAUCCGACGUGAUUGUCGUGGGGUUAGCUCUGGACUACUGUGUGAAAAGCACGGCAAUCAGUGCUUCUAAAUUGGGCUACAAAACAGCAAUCUUGCGCAGCCAUACAAGGGCGAUCUAUGCGGAUGAUGCUUCAGUACAAAAACUAAGCCAAGAACUCUCUGAUGCCGGCGUGCAGUUGUUGGACGAGAUUGUUUACUUUUAA